UUUAAUUCCAAAGAAAGACGACGAAGUCAUUUUAUAAGUGAUUUAUUCAAUUCCAAAGAAAGACGAAGAAGAAGAGGAGGUAUGGUAGAUUCGACGAUCCCAAAGACGACGUCGUAUCUAGAAGAGUUAGCCCAAGGAAUCGGUCCUAGCGAGAUAGAGGUUUUAAUCCUACAAGGCUUAGAACUCAUCCAUGUCGGUAAAGGAAUCAUACGUUGUAAAUUACUCGUCACGGAUCGAGUCGCGGGAGAGGAUGGGACUUGGCACACCGCAGCGAUUACGACGGUGAUGGACGCGAUCGGAGCUUCUGCUGUGUACUCCGCCGGCGACGGACUCCAUUCCUCUGUUGAUCUCAACUCUUCGUUUUAUUCUACGGCCAAGAUUCAUGAAAAAGUGGAAGUAGAAGCAAGAGUGAAGGGGAUCAAUGGAGGGUUAAAAUCAGCUGUGAUUGAGAUUAGAAGAGAAACCGAUGGAGAAAUCAUAGCCACAGGAAGGUUGUGGAUGGCCCCACUUGGAGUCAAAGUCAAACACAUUGUUUCUAAUCUUUAGUAAGCUUUGAUUUUUUUUCCUCAAAUUUAAAUGAUUCAUAACAUAGAUUUACCGUUUGGAAAAUUUGAUUUUCUUUAAUCAAAUAUCAUACACACAACAAUGGCUUUUUCUUUUCUUAUAAGAAAUAAACACACCCAUUA